GGUGGCGUUCAAAAUGGCGGAGCGGGGCGGGCGAGGUACCAGCAGCGGCGGUGACAGCAGCCUGGACAAAAGCAUCACACUCCCGCCCGACGAGAUCUUCCGCAACCUGGAGAACGCCAAGUGCUUCGCCAUAGACAUCGGUGGGUCGCUAACCAAGUUGGCUUAUUAUUCAACUGUGCAGCAUAAAGUAGCAAGAGUGAGAUCUUUUGAUCAUUCCGGAAAGGACAUAGAACAUGAAUCCCCAUAUGAAAUCACAGUUCAAGAGGAGAUCACAGCUCGACUGCACUUCAUUAAAUUUGAGAACACUUACAUUGAAACCUGCUUAGAUUUCAUUAAAGACCAUCUUGUCAACACAGAAACUAAAGUGCUCAAAGCCACAGGGGGUGGUGCCUACAAAUUCAAAGACCUUAUUGAGAAGAAGCUUGGACUGAAGGUGGAUAAAGAAGAUGUAAUGACUUGCCUAAUUAAAGGGUGUAACUUUGUGUUAAAAAAUAUACCCCAUGAGGUGUUUGCAUACCAGAAAGAUUCAGAUACUGAAUUCCGAUUUCAGACAAAUCAUCCAAAUAUUUUCCCUUAUUUGCUAGUCAAUAUUGGCUCUGGGGUUUCUAUAGUGAAGGUGGAAACAGGGGACAAAUUUGAAUGGAUUGGAGGGAGUUCAAUCGGAGGGGGAACAUUCUGGGGUCUUGGAGCUUUACUCACAAAAACAAAGAAAUUUGAUGAAUUGCUGCAGCUUGCUUCAAAGGGACAGCAUACAAAUGUUGACAUGCUGGUGAAAGAUGUGUAUGGUGGGGCCUACCAGACACUGGGGCUAAGUGGAAAUCUAAUAGCUAGCAGCUUUGGGAAAUCUGCCACAGCAGAUAAAGAAUUUUCUAAAGAUGAUAUGGCAAAGAGUUUACUGCACAUGAUCAGUAAUGACAUUGGACAGCUUGCCUGCCUCUAUGCUAAACUCCAUAACCUACACAAAAUUUACUUUGGAGGAUUCUUUAUUCGGGGUCACCCAGUCACUAUGCGCACAAUCACCUACAGUAUUAACUUCUUCUCCAAGGGAGAGGUUCAGGCAUUGUUCCUGAGACAUGAAGGCUACCUGGGAGCCAUUGGGGCAUUUUUAAAAGGAGCUGAACAAGACAAUCCCAACGAGUACAGUUGGGGAGAGAAUUAUGCUGGGAGUUCGGGCCUUAUGAGCACUUCACCCGAUCUCUGCCCCAUGCAACGUGCAAGGAGUGGCACGUUUGACAUGUUCGAAAUGGAUCGGUUGGAGCGACCGCUUGUUAACCUGCCCUUGCUAAAGGACCCAUCCACGUACAUCCCUGACACUGUUGACCUCACUGAUGAUGCCAUGGCCAGGAAAUAUUGGCUCACUUGCUUUGAGGAGGCUUUGGAUGGGGUAGUGAAACGUGCUAUGGCCAGUCAGCCAGACUCUGCUGAUGCAGCUGAGCGAGCAGAAAAGUUCCGACAGAAGUAUUGCAACAAGCUCCAGACACUCAGACAGCAGCCUUUUGCCUAUGGCACCUUAACAGUGAGAAGUUUGUUGGAUACGAGGGAGCAUUGUCUAAAUGAAUUCAACUUUCCAGACCCCUAUUCAAAGGUAAAGCAGAAAGAAAAUGGCAUAGCGUUAAAAUGUUUUCCAAGCGUAAUCGAAUCUUUGGAUUCAUUAGGCUGGGAGGAGAGGCAGUUUGCUCUGGUGAAAGGACUUCUUGCGGGGAAUGUCUUUGACUGGGGAGCAAAAGCAGUCUCAGAAGUUCUGGAAUCUGAACCACAAUUUGGAUUUGAAGAAGCCAAGGAAAAAUUGCAAGAGCGCCCAUGGCUAGAAGAUUCCUACAGUGAGUGGAUACAACGACUAAAGGAAGGUCCCCCUCAUAAAUGUGCCUUAAUUUUCGCAGAUAACAGUGGAAUAGACAUCAUUUUAGGAGUCUUCCCCUUUGUCAGAGAGCUACUCUCUAGAGGUACAGAGGUGAGUUUGAGCACUCUGGAUUAUGGAUGCUUCAUGGUCUUUAUAAUUUAGGAAUGUGGCCAAGUGAUAUGUGCAAGGGAAUUUAGGAGUCAGGACUUCUGGCUUCUAGCUCCAUCUCUGCUCCGACUUAAGAAAAUCAGAACCUCUAGCUCCUGAGCUGUAAAAUGGGUCUAAUAAUAACCUACUGCAGGAGAAACUGAGGAAUUUUUUGAGGGAGGUGUAAAUUAAAAGUGCUAUGAUCUCUUUAGUUGAAAUGUGCUAGAACAGUUUAAGGAGUUACUAAAUGGCAGUAAAUCUGACAGUGUUGGGUCAUUGACUGCUGAUAAGGGAGUUGUGAGUGUGGUGACAGGGACCUUAAAUGGUGAUGGGUAAAUUUUAGUAAUAAAUGGCUGUUAGGUUUGAGGUCCUCAAUCCUUUUAAGUAAAGCUAGGGUAUCUGAGAAAAAGUUUAGGAAGUCUUGGUAAAAGUAAUAACUCUGUGAAAUUGGCAACUCCAAUCCAAAAUGAUGAUGUAUUAGGAGACAGUAGUGGAAUAAACUUUGUUUAUUCUUUUUAGUCUGAUACAACCACUGGCUUUAGCCAACUAAAAAUCAUGCUUCUAUCUGUUUGUGGAAAAUAUUUAAUUUCUAAACUUAGAAGGGAGAAUACAUGCAUGGGUGCAGCUGAUGCUGGUUGUGUUGAGUUUCCAUGCGGUAAUCGGGGAGGGAAAACAAAAAAUAGAAAAAUGUCAUUGUAAAGCCACAGUUUGGCAGGAGCAAUUUGAGGGUAGCCAUAGAGCGUGAAACAACCCUGAUCAUCUUUUGAAAUUGAGAUUUCAGCUAGACAUUCUUCCACCUCCAUCUGUUUUGAUGAAUGUGUGAGUAUCUUAGAUAAGCAGGGAAAUCUUCUGGUCUC